CCAGCAAGCAGCAGUGGAGGCUCAGGUCAGUCAGUACAGUCAGCAGUCAUCCACGCACCUAUCUAUAUUCCCCUUUUCUUAAAUUAGCCACUUUUCAGCUUCGCGAUACCGCCCCCAAUUUCAGCCUCGGUACGGAGCCGCCAGGCCGGGACAGAGACGGAGAGAGAGGCCUCGGCCAUGGAAGCGCUCGGACCCGGCCCGCCCGCACCAACCUCUCUGUUUCAGCCUCCACGGCGUCCCGGCCUUGGCACGGUGGGGAAACCCAUCCGGCUCCUUGCCAACCACUUCCAGGUGCAGAUUCCCAAGAUUGAUGUCUAUCACUAUGAUAUCGACAUCAAGCCUGAGAAACGGCCUCGGAGGGUCAACAGGGAGGUGGUGGACACCAUGGUGCGGCACUUCAAGAUGCAGAUCUUUGGAGACCGGCAGCCUGGCUACGACGGGAAGAGGAACAUGUACACAGCACAUCCACUGCCAAUCGGGAGGGACAGGGUGGACCUGGAGGUGACUCUGCCCGGCGAGGGGAAAGAUCAGACGUUUAAGGUGUCCUUGCAGUGGGUGUCUGUGGUCAGUCUUCAGAUGCUGCUGGAGGCUCUGUCAGGCCACCUGAACGAGGUCCCCGAGGACUCGGUUCAGGCUCUGGAUGUCAUAACGCGGCACCUGCCCUCCAUGAGGUAUACUCCUGUGGGGCGUUCAUUUUUCUCCCCCCCAGAAGGCUACUACCAUCCUCUGGGCGGAGGCAGGGAGGUGUGGUUUGGUUUCCAUCAGUCUGUCCGUCCUGCCAUGUGGAACAUGAUGCUCAACAUCGAUGUGUCAGCCACAGCCUUCUACCGUGCUCAGCCUGUGAUCGAGUUCAUGUGCGAGGUGCUGGAUAUACAGAACAUCAACGAACAGACCAAACCACUGACCGACUCGCAGCGUGUCAAAUUCACAAAGGAAAUAAGAGGCUUGAAAGUUGAGGUCACACACUGUGGUCAAAUGAAGAGGAAGUACCGUGUGUGCAACGUAACGCGCCGACCUGCCAGCCACCAAACGUUCCCCUUACAGCUAGAGAACGGCCAAGCCAUGGAGUGCACAGUUGCUCAGUAUUUCAAGCAGAAGUACAAUCUGCAGCUCAAGUAUCCACAUUUACCGUGCCUGCAAGUAGGGCAGGAACAGAAGCACACCUACCUUCCCCUGGAGGUCUGUAACAUAGUCGCAGGCCAGCGCUGUAUCAAGAAGCUGACGGACAACCAGACAUCCACCAUGAUCAAAGCUACAGCUCGCUCCGCCCCCGACAGACAGGAAGAAAUCAGCAGACUGGUGAAAAGUAACAGCAUGGUCGGGGGUCCGGACCCUUACCUGAAAGAGUUUGGCAUCGUCGUGCACAAUGACAUGACCGAGGUGACGGGUCGUGUGCUCCCAGCGCCCAUGCUUCAGUACGGGGGCCGCGUGAGCACAGACACAGGGCGGGACUGUGGCAGGGGACUCUCUCCGCAGAAUAAGACCGUGGCCACGCCCAACCAGGGCGUGUGGGACAUGAGAGGGAAGCAGUUCUACGCCGGCAUCGAGAUCAAGGUCUGGGCCGUGGCCUGCUUCGCUCCGCAGAAACAGUGCAGGGAGGACCUGCUCAAGAGCUUCACCGACCAGCUGCGAAAGAUCUCCAAGGAUGCUGGGAUGCCCAUUCAGGGCCAGCCAUGUUUCUGUAAAUACGCCCAAGGAGCUGACAGCGUGGAGCCCAUGUUCAAACACCUGAAGAUGUCUUACGUGGGCCUGCAGCUGAUCGUGGUCAUCCUGCCUGGAAAAACACCCGUCUAUGCUGAAGUGAAGCGCGUGGGCGACACUCUGCUCGGCAUGGCGACCCAGUGUGUGCAGGUGAAGAACGUAGUGAAGACAUCCCCGCAGACCCUCUCCAACCUGUGCCUCAAGAUCAACGCCAAGCUGGGAGGAAUCAACAACGUCCUGGUGCCUCAUCAGAGGCCCUCUGUGUUCCAGCAGCCGGUCAUCUUCCUGGGUGCAGAUGUCACCCAUCCUCCAGCGGGUGAUGGGAAAAAGCCGUCCAUCGCAGCGGUAGUCGGCAGCAUGGACGGCCACCCGAGCCGCUACUGCGCCACGGUUCGAGUCCAGACGUCCAGACAAGAUUUGUCCCAGGUAACACCAACCCCCCAGGAGCAGCUCUUCAGCCAGGAGGUGAUCCAAGAUUUGACCAACAUGGUGCGGGAGCUUCUCAUCCAGUUCUACAAGUCGACGCGCUUCAAGCCCACGCGGAUCAUCUACUAUCGUGGGGGAGUGUCAGAGGGACAAAUGAAGCAGGUAGCGUGGCCGGAGCUGAUAGCCAUCAGGAAGGCCUGUAUCAGCCUGGAGGAGGAUUACAGGCCGGGCAUUACUUACAUCGUGGUUCAGAAACGUCACCACACCCGUCUCUUCUGCUCCGACAAAGCCGAGCGGGUUGGGAAGAGCGGUAAUGUUCCAGCUGGCACCACGGUGGACAGCACCAUCACACACCCGUCCGAGUUUGAUUUCUACCUGUGCAGCCAUGCUGGGAUUCAGGGAACCAGUCGUCCCUCCCACUACCACGUCCUGUGGGAUGACAACUGUUUCACUGCCGAUGAACUGCAGCUCCUCACCUACCAGCUGUGCCACACCUACGUCCGCUGCACGCGCUCCGUCUCCAUCCCAGCACCGGCCUACUACGCCCGGCUGGUGGCUUUCAGAGCCCGCUAUCACCUGGUCGACAAAGACCACGACAGCGCUGAAGGCAGCCACGUGUCGGGCCAAAGCAACGGCCGGGACCCUCAGGCGCUGGCAAAGGCAGUUCAGAUCCACUAUGAUACUCAGCACACCAUGUACUUCGCCUGAGCUAGCGAGCACGUCAGCCAGUCCACCCGCGGAUUCCCUUUUCUCUCUGUCUGUUUAUCUCUUAUUUGCCAUUUUCUCUCUCUCUCUCUCUCUUCAUCUUCAUCUUCUUCUCCCACCUCUCUCUCUCUUUUUGUAGCCUGUUCCUUUUCUCUUCAUCACUCAUUCUACAUUUUCUGAAUCUGCACCAAAGCGGCUCUUUGGACGGGGGGAAAUCUGCUGCGUCUUCUACGUCCGGCAGGUUUUUUUUUUUUGUUUUGUUUGUUUUCCAGGAACAAUCUCCAACCAGCGUUCCCAAAACAGAGCCGCCUCUCAAACCAGCAAUCCAGCACUGCGAGCCCUGAGAGGUUUCCAAUGCACAAAAAAGAAGAAACAAAAACAAAACCAUACACACACACACACAUACUACAAGUUGAGCCAUUAUUUUGAGUUUUUUUUUUUUUUUUUUCUAUUUGAAUGUCUGCACUCUUGUGUUUGUAAUAUACACUGAGCAAGGGAGUGGAUUGGCACAACUUGUGUCAGCGCAGCUCUUUAGCUCUCCCAGCUAAGCAGGACUCUUCUCUACUUUUACCUCAACGCCCUUUUGGGCAAAAUCUGUCACAAGGUCUUGGGUUUAUUGGGUGGCGGGGAGGGAACUCUACAGGAAAGAGAUGGAGGGGGAGUCGACCUUUUGAGAAUGAUAUAUAUAUACAUAUAUAUAUAUAUUUUCCUUUUUAUGAGCGUGUGUUUUAACCUUUUCUCCUUUUACCGUCUUUUACAAGCGAGGUGACCUGGGUGUCAUGCCCAUUACUACUUUCCUCCCAUCUUAGCGAAGAACACCCAAGUCUUUAUGUGAGUGUGUGAAUGUGUGUGUGUCUCUGUAUAUACAUGUUCUGCUGUAUGAGAGUGUGUUCGUGUGCGCACGUGUGUUUCAUGGCAGGCCACUGAAUUGUAAAGGGAAAUCAAGGAGAUAACUGCUGUAAAUGCCUCAGAUUUGUUGUUUUUAUAUUCACACAUACAGUACAUAUAAGCAUAUAUUUACAUCUAUAGAGCAACUUUGAGACAUAUGACUUAAAAACAGGCCUCCCAGAGGCUGGUGUGGGUAUUUGUAGCAGUCCUGAAUCACUUAUUAAUUGAAGUGCUUUGAAUUACACGUGUGUUAGCGUGAUGCUAAUGCUACAAGGAAGGGAUUUGCACUCCUUUUGUGCCUGAAACAUGGAAAAACAAAAAAAUCUCAUCAAAUCAAAGUAAUUGAAUCCAUUUCAAGUAUUAAGUGAGUUCAGGUCUGAUGUGUAGCAGUAGUAACCGCGGUCGGGCCGGUGACUGGCUCAGCAUUGGGACCUGUUCUGAAGGCAUAGCAACACGGAGUACGGUCUUAUCAGCCAUUCUUUCUGUGUGUGAAAAAGCAGGAUCUUUAAUUUUCUUUGGACCUGAUUAUCUGAAAGAUUUUAUGAUGAAACUGCUGGACGUUGCUUUAAUUUGUUGAUUUUUUUUUUUCUUUUUAAAAAGUAGUUUCAAGGGCCGGAAACCAAUGUAGUUUUUUUUUUGUGUUUUUUUUUUUUGGAGGUCUCCUUUGCUAACUGGCCAAUUCAUUGCACUGACCCGGGACGCUAGGCAAGCAACAGAGGGCACUCUCAAUCUCUCUUACCUUUAUGCAUUUAUACAUACGAAUCAACAAAGCAGAUUUGUAAAAGUUUAAUAUAAGAUGUUUUGUGGUUAUCUUAAAAAAAAAAAAAAGAGCUGUUGUUUAGGAUUAGUAGUUUACCAUUGAUGUUGUUGUUCUCGUUGUUGUCAAUGUUGUUACUAUUGUGAUGAAAUUUUACGGUUGGCCAGCGAAGCCAGUUCUAUAGUUACUAGUGCGAUUCAGGAAUAGACUUCAGUUGUCGAGCUGCAGGUUAAAGGGGGUAGAGCUUUGGGUUUGGAGCAUUUCAUUUUGUAGCAUUUGGGUUCAUGGUGAGAAGGAGGAGGAGAAGUUAGGCCCCAGGACGGAGGAAUUCAUGCUUUCUCGUUGGGAUGUGAGUUAAAUCUAGCAGCAGGUUGAAGGUCAUAGUGUAGCACUCGAGAUCUGCCGCUGCGAUCAUCGCUCAGCUGGCGUCGGCUGGAGGAAGAUCCGAUAGAUGGAGACAAUCAGGGAUCGAAAUCAGACUGAACCUAGAUUUAAUGGAUUUGUUUAAAGCGGUUUUGCGAUUGGCAAUGAGUUGAAUUUUUAGACUUUUUAACAAAAAAAAAACGGUUUCUAUUACUCUGUGUGUAUUUGAGGUAUACCCAUCUUAAAGUCUCUGAAAGCUAUUUGACCGUGUUUGUUUCACAUUUAUAUGCAUUUUUAACACUGGAUUAAAGGAAUUGAAAAAUAAGCAUAAGCACUGCCCUUGGACCCCCUGUGCAAACACUCAGCAGCCUGUUACGGCGACAGCUGGCAGGCGUAGCGCCCCCUGGUGUUGCGAUCGGUAAAAACGCAGGAUGGGUCGGGUCGAGACGGGACGGGAGGGUUUGGAGGAGAGGUCGACGUGCACGCCUCAUCAGGGGGGGACAGCUCAGUGAAAACGCUUUUGUAAUAAACCACCCGUAAAGCAGCAGGUUUACUAUGAAUGAGUUUGAGCACCCGCCUGUUGGAGGCGUGGGCGUUGGCGAUGGCGUUGGCAGGAAACAUGGAGGGCUGG